AUGUUUGGUUCACUGCUUCGACCAAAGCUACAGCGCGGGCAGACGGAGCAGUCGCCCUUCUCUGCGUCGCCCUGGUUCCGCACGCAGAACCGACGCGUCCAAGCCGACGAGAGUAGCGACGAUGCGCCAGAGCUACACGGAAAUGACGAGGAAGAUAUGGACGAGGACUGGGAGGAAGAGGAAGAUGGUCCCCUGGAAUCGACCCCUCUCCUGCCUAUGUUCUCGCCCUCACAUCUGGACGCGCUUCCCGUCUACAACAUCACCCAUGCCAUCCGUCCAUUGAUUGCCUCCCGCUGCGAAACUACGUUAACAUGGGACCAGCUACGCUCGCCGCAGGUCUCCCAGUUCCUGAUCAAGCCCAUUCUCCAGAAGAUCAUGUCCGCGCACUUCUCGCGCGCGACUCUCUACGCCCUGAUGGCCAAUUGUCUACAAUUCGAGAAGGAAAUGCAUUCGAGUCCGGGAAACAGUGGCGCAAAUCAGACGCGUGCGAUGGUGAGUGAAUUGCUCGCCAUCAAAUUGCUCAGGGAAUACUCGACUCGCGAAUUACUCGAUGCCCUAUCCUACGAAUUCCACCCACUGCAGGGCCAAGACCCGUCUACGGCGCCGCCAGCGGGACCAAGGAAGCGAGUUGUGACUGCGCGUGUCUCAUGCUUGGAAGUUGCAAUCCGCGCGCAGGCAAAACGGUUCCUUGCUCACCCCGUUGUGGUGCAGCAGUUGGAAGCUAUCUGGGCAGGCACGGUCGUGUUCCAUUCUGCUGCGGACAAUCUCCAUCGGCGUGAGCCUACGGCGCAAGCUGGAAACCUUGACUAUGGAACUUCCAUGGAUCGGAACCAGAAUAUUCCGACUGAACAUAGCAAUGGUACUCUUCGGCGCUCGGUGACACUUUAUAACCCGCGUGAGGCAUCAUUGUUCAAGUUGUCGCGAUUAAGGGUGCCCCGUUACCGACAGUUCCUCUCAACUCUAUCGUAUGCCGUGCUUCUGGGUCUGUUCUUGGCUGUCUUGAACCAACGCAGCCGUAGGAUUACAUCUCUGGAGGUCGUGUUCUGGUUCUGGAGCGCCGGGUUCAUGCUUGAUGAAGUGGUUGGUUUCAAUGAGCAGGGAUUCAGCCUCUAUCUCAUGAGCUUUUGGAAUUUAUUCGAUCUGGGCAUUCUGCUAUUGCUCUUUGCAUACUAUUGUUUGAGGAUCUAUGGCACUUUCUUGACCUACCCUCGAAGUCAAUUCAUUGCCGACAAAGCUUUUGAUGUUCUUGCAGCUACAGCUCCAUUGCUGUUUCCGAGGUUGUUCUCCAUCUUGGAUCACUACCGUUAUUUCUCCCAGCUAUUGAUUGCAUUCCGAAUCAUGGCCUCUGACUUAAUCGCGGUUUUUGUUCUCAUCGUCAUCUCCUGUUCUGGAUUUUUCAUUGCUUUCCUCAACUUUGGUGACAAUAAAUCUCCCAAGGAGAUCGCUUACGGCUUGUUCCAAAUGUUGAUGGGCUUUACGCCAACCGCGUGGGCAAUGUGGGAUGAGUACAAUUUCCUGGGAAAGACAAUUCUCACAGUCUUCCUAUUCAUCUGUCACUUCGUCGUCGUCACUAUUCUCAUCACAGUGUUGACCAACUCGUUCAUGCGAAUCGUCCAAAAUGCCAAUCAAGAACAUCAAUUCCUCUUUGCCGUUAACACCAUCUCGAUGGUGAAGUCCGAUGCCUUGUUCUCAUACGUGGCACCGACUAACGUCAUCGCCUGGCUCGUGGCUCCAUUCCGAUUUACGAUGCCUUUCCGAGAUUUCAUUCGUCUCAACCGGACUAUCAUAAAGAUCACCCAUUUGCCCAUCUUAUUCUCCAUCUGUCUCUAUGAGAAGGUCAUUCUCAGUGCUCGCGUCGUGCAACCGAUGGAUCUGAUUGAACCUACCUCUCAAAACAAAGUUCUAAAUCGGGCCAAACAGUGGCCGCCUAGUCGUUUGCGUGGGUUCAGCACCAGGGCAUCGCGUCUGGUGCGCGAGCCAUCUGUUGCAACUUACCAAAAAGAUCAAGCUUUGGAAGAAGUGUUCCGGCGACCAUACGAUGACCGCAUUCGAGGACGGCCCGACACCAUACAUGAGGACCAGACAAAUAACGUCAUCAAGGACUGGAUGCAAGAAGUUGGGUCUGGGCCAGCUGAUGGGCCUGACGACGAUGAUUCUGCAGUCGGAGGUCGUCUCGGAAUGCGCCUCAAUCGGCCCAGCUUUCCUUUCAAGGCCAGAUUGGCUAAUCGCCCACGAAACUUCACGGAAACAACACGCUCAGUCGCAUCAAAUCCCGAAGAUCGAACAAGUCGUGUUGUAAGCCCGGAUGUUCGGCCUCGGCGCGCAAGACCUCCUAUUUCGCCAGAGGAGAGACGGCAAAUGUCGCAUCAUACAGAUAUGGAGGGCGAUGACGAGUUGACGAGUAACGACGGCGACUCUGCAGAUGAGAAGAACUCCGCUCCAGGGUCAGCAGGCGAUACAGCAGACCGGUCCGAAGGCUCACAAAAGCGGUCCCCGAAGUUUUACAGCUCCCGUCCAUCUACUGCAAAAGUCAUAUCACGCCGCAACAGCCCGACUCGUCGCCCCAGGCACAACCGAAAUGCCUCCGGUGUGACCAUGCUGUAUAAUCCCGUAGGCUCUCCAAACGAGGAAACAGAAGGUCGGGCUACACCCACUCGACCGGAUACUGACUCAUCUGAUGGAGAUAAUCUACCUCUCGUCUCUACCUCAGUAGACCAAGGCACCAUGAAGCGUCACGUUCUAGGCAUAUCCCGUUCUCGGAAUAGCCAGCUCGGUCUAAACCACAUGUCUGUCCCUGAGGUGGAGAGCAUCUACCUCUCCGAUCGACCCGCAGGGAAACGGCCCCGAGCCUCCCUUCUCUUCGACCUGGGCUCUGACCUAGGCGAUAACAAGGCGGUGGCAGGUGGCUUCGCCGGCGCGAUCCCAUCGAGCUUCCAAACUCAAAUGGGCUUUGGCGCAGCCGGUCUCCGUCGCGACGCCCCAAAUCAAACCCAAGACAUGCUCAGCAAAUUGGUCCUAGCGCGCAUGAACAACAUCGAAGAGGGUUUCCGCGAGGUGAUCAAAGAGGUCAAGGAUCUGCGUCGCAGCGAGUCAAGUCGCAGCCCGAGCCGAUCUGAUGAGCCCCGUGGCCCGCGUGAAAAGAAGAAGCGCGACAAAAACUCCAAGAAACGGAGUCUCAAUUCGGCUGGCAGUCCUGUGAAGGGUGAUGGCCCCGGCGAAGGGGCCUCGCCAUCUGUCUAA